AUGGAAGUUGUGUCAAUUCUAAAUGAAAUGUACACAAAAUUCGACAAAUGUUUAGAAGCACACAAUUGUUAUAAGGUUGAGACUAUUGGUGAUGCUUAUAUGUUAGUAUCAGGCGUGCCGGAGCGCGCACGAAAUCAUGCUGCUGAAAUAGUCGAUAUGGCAUUUGAUAUGUUAGAUGCAAUUGUGACUGUUUUCAAUCCUGUCAAUAACGAAAAACUCAAAAUUCGCAUUGGUUGUCAUUCCGGUCCUGUGGUGGCUGGUAUAGCUGGAAUUAAAAUGCCUCGCUAUUGUUUAUUUGGCGACACUGUUACAACAGCAAACAAAAUGGAACAAACGAGCAAGGCGUUACAUAUUCACAUAACAGAAGCAACUUAUAAAUUACUUGAUCGCAAAUUCUAUGAAUUUCAAGAACGUGGUAAAAUGACAUUAAAUGGUUAUACACAAUCAAUAACAUAUUUUACAUUGAGUAAAAAAGAUCGUUCAGGAAAUCUUUUAGUGCAUUCCUUUCAAGCUGUCCUAGACGAAAUGAAAUGUCAAGAGACUGAAGAAGCGAAAGUAAAACAACAAGCAAGUUCGAAAACAUCUAACACAAAAUCAUCAGAAAUGAAAGCAAAUAUAAUCCAUCCACGACAAGAGUCAGCAAAAAAUACGUCCAUCAAAGCAGAACCAAAGACGCAAACGACCGAUGAUAGAGGUAGUGUCACAGUACUUCGUGUUAAAGAUACGGGAAAUACAAACAAUAUCAAUCUUGUAAUGACGAACGGAAAAAUAAACGGUGAAACUGAGAGGACACCGAAUAAUGAUAGGGCAGUAAAUGCUAAGCAACAAGAUGCCCAUAACCCAGUAUUAUUACAAAAACAAUCAAAAACAUGCGUUCUAAUCUAA